AGGGAUUCUAAUGCUUAGCAUUAACUUUGCCUCAUUAAGCUACAUUGACAACGACAUUCUAAGCCUAUUUGUUACACCAUCUGCCGGCGUAUUCCAGGGUCGCAUCCACAUAUAGGCAGCAGCAGCAGCAGCAGCAGCAGAAGUUGAUAACUGCACCACUUACUAAGAUCCAAACCCUGCGGUUCUGAUCUGCACCAACCAACCCAGCAUUGGCCACCAAACCAAUGAAAACAAUGUGCUAUUAGCCAUCCUGCGAGCUCGAUUCUUUCAGUUGCGCUCGACAGGAUGAACGCCACCGUAACCACCAGGCCUCGCCUCUUGAGCAUGGGCUCGACGUACUCGGAAUUCGACGAAGAAAGCAGCGGGAAAACAUCACCACCAUUACUUUCGCGUCACUCGCUCCGCCGCAUCAUCCGCAUCUCCGCGCUGUUAUCGCUUUUCAUCUUCGUGCUAUACAUCCUAGGCAACCACUUCCGUGCCCAACCACCCAGCUCACUCUCAGGCUCUACCGACACCACCAAGGACGACGAGAAAGCUAACGCCGGCCAUGACGACCCAGGAUCCUCCGUCUAUCCCCCGACCAACCCAACAGAACUCCACAUCCACGACCCCAGCAUCAUCAUCACGUAUUCUCACCCCAAACCCCAGCCAGAGCCCCAAGCUGAAGACUUCAACCUGAACCCAAACCCAGCCGACCAAACCCGAACAGUACGUCCCGUGCCGACAUACUAUGCCUACGGCUCCGGCCCGCACAUCCCCAUCCACACCGCGCCCGCCCUCUCCGGCCCCUGGACCAAGAUCGGCACCGUCCUCACCACGGACAGCGUCCUCCCCAUCGGCGACCGAAAAGCGCCCUGGGCGCCCACGGUCGUUGCUCACAACGGCACGUACUACUGCUACUACGCGACCAGCCACAGCGGCUGCCGUCGCAGCGCCAUCGGGGUCGCUACCUCGUCGGAUCCGGGCCCCGGGGGAUGGACUGAUCACGGAGUGAUCAUCCGGUCAGGCGUAGGGACAGGGUCGGGGUUGUACCCGAUGGAUCGCGCGAAUGCGAUCGACGUGAGUGUUUUGAUUACUUCUCUUCCACCGGAGGAGGAGGAACAAAAGAAAGAAAAAGAGGAAAAGGUGGACGACAAAACACAUCCUCACCUCUUAUUCUCCGGAGAAGAACACCACCAGAUCGAAGAAGAGAGACAAGACCCCCACCCAACCCCUUCCCAGCCAGCCAGCUCCCAGCCAACAGAGAAAGGCUACCUGACCUUCGGCUCCUUCUGGACCGGGAUCUGGCAAAUCCCGCUCGCCCCCAACCUUCUGGGGAGUGACUACACGGGCAAUCGCGAGGUGCGGCACCUCGCCCACGAGCCACGGGCGGUGCACCCGCCCAACCCCAAGUCGAACGGGAUCUGCGGCGACCCCACGGGGAUGCAUCCCGUUGAGGGGCCAUUUAUCUCCUACCACGCGCCGUGGUAUUAUCUGUGGUUUAGUUGGGGGAAGUGCUGUGGGUUCAAGCCGGAGCGGUUGCCGCGAACGGGGAUGGAGUAUAGCAUCCGCGUCGGCCGCUCGAGAAGUCCACGCGGCCCGUUUGUGGAUAAGCAAGGCCGAGACCUGGUGGAGGGCGGAGGGGAGGUGGUUUAUGGGUCGAAUGGGGAGGUUUAUGCUCCUGGGGGACAGGGGGUCUUGGUUCAUCGUCGCUACAACGACGACGAUGAUAAUGAUGAUGUUCCCGAGGUGGAGGUGGAAGAGGAUGUGCUUUAUUAUCAUUAUCAACCCACAUCCACAUCUUCUCCUCCAAUUAUCGUGCUACCUCGAGCUGCCACGAGACGUGCGCAGCUCACCGUCACGACGUCUUCCACAAAGCGCCGUAAGGUAGCAGAGCCUCGCAGACCAGGAACACUUCCGGGUUUGUCGUUCGCCUCGCAGGCCGGAAGACGUCACGGUCAACCUCCUAGCUCCGACCGCUCCUCCACCUCCAACUCUAACAACAACUCCUCCUCCUCCUCGGCCUUGCCUCAUCGCCGCUCUUCGCCCACCUCCCCUUCCAACCGCAGCCAGAGUUCAUCGUCCUCACCGCCGCCCCGCUACAUUCCCGCCCAUUUGCAGGACGAAGUCUUGGGAACCAGAUCUCAUUCCUCCGCUCCUCCCUCCCCGACCCCGGAUUUCACUGGUAGUGCCGUCGACUACCCCUCGGCCGCCUGCGCUGGUUUGACUCUACACAGCGAUCCCGCGACCGAUAUGUCGGGCUCGGACGAGCAGCUUCACGCUCGCGGAGCGUCAGACACUGAACAGAAUGUGGUGAUGGAGCAGGUUCCCACCUUGAAGGAUCGUCAACCUCACCCCGACCAGCCGGAUGCGAUGGACACCUCUACAUCGGGAGACGACAACUCAACUGGCAACGAGGACAGCUCCACUUCGGACAAUGUAUAUCCCACUCCGUCCAGCAUGUCUACCUAUACGGCUUCCACCGAGACACGAGCCCACUCGAAAGCGGAGGCUUCCGUCGCAUCCGCUGACCCUCCUUCCUUCGAUGACCAGGUGGCGCAAGUGACCCGGUUCAUGAUGCAACCUAUGCAGAGGAAGCAGAAAGGGUAUGUGGUGUCCAUGUCGUGGUUGAAGCGGGUGUUUGCGCGAAGCUCUACCCAUGCAGACCAGGCGGACAAGAACGCUGCUGAAGGGGAGAUUGGCCCGGUUGACAAUUCGGAUAUUGUCCUGGUCACUGACCCCGCCAACACGGGCUUCAAGGACGAAAAUGGAGAGCCGUUUGUCCCCCUGCGACCGGGCUUGCAGCUUGGCGAGGACUAUGAGAUCGUGCCCCAGGGAGGUUGGGACCUGCUCAUGCAGUGGUACGGCCUUGCAGAGCAGUCCCCCGCCAUAGUCCGCUACGCUCACAACACCGCACCCCCGGGCGACGGCGAGAACAUUCAAUACGAGAUCAAUCCUCCGAUCUUCACGAUUCUGAAGCUCACGAACCCGUCCGCCGGAACCACUCCCAAGUCACUGAAGGAAAGGAACAUGCUCCCCGUGCGACAUCUUGCCAGUAGGCACACAAGUUUCCAGAAAUGGCUGAAGCAAGUCAAGAACCUUGCAAGAAUCGAAAUGUCGACCAAAGUCCGCGUCUGGAGAAUUCUUGAUGGUCUCGGAAGUGCCACCACCUCCGCUGCGGUCACUCCGGCUGCCUCUCGAACUGCCUCACCAGCGCCUUCCGCAUCGACUGCGCCCCACGCUGGAGGCAGUCUUGUGCUCGAUCUCAACACCUUUCUUUCCCUCUCCGAAGGUUCACAGCGGGAGUUGCUGGAAGAUGCUACUGAUCAAACUACCAAUACUAAAUACAACGGUCGCAUGCCGUUGGAUCUUGUCGGGCUGGGUGGCAGUGACAUCGUUGUGCUCGAAGAGAGGCUUCCUGGGAAACAGGGAGACUGGGUAUCUGAAGCUUCCAAGCAGACUCUGAACCGCCUUGGGGUGCCCACAGGGAACCUCAAGACGGAAGUGUCUACUAAGGUGAAGACCAACAGCCCUGCUACUAGUGGGCGCUCCUCUCCAGUCCUAGAGCCUGCGAGGGGAAGGCGCAAGGAUGGCAAACCCCGUGGUAAUACGGGUCUGAGUAACCUUGGCAAUACAUGCUACAUGAACUCCGCCCUGCAGUGUGUUCGUAGCGUGGAGGAAUUGACUUACUAUUUCUUGAACAACGUGUACAAGAAGGAUCUCAAUCCCAGCAACCCCUUGGCCCACAAUGGUGAUGUCGCUAAAGCCUAUGCCAACCUGCUUCGCCAAAUCUACGACGAGGCAGGCCAGUCAUCUUUUGCACCCAGGCAACUGAAACAGACUAUCGGCCGCUAUGGUCCGGCAUUCUCUGGUUACGGCCAGCAGGACUCACAGGAGUUCCUUCUGUUCCUUCUUGAUGGUCUUCAGGAAGAUCUGAACCGAAUUCAGAAGAAGCCCUAUAUCGAAAAGCCAGACUCAACGGAUGACAUGGUCCACGACAAAGCGAAAUUGAAAGAGUUUGCCGAUAAAUGCUGGGAGAUUUACAAGGCCCGCAAUGACUCCGUGAUUACGGAUCUAUUUGCUGGCAUGUACAAGUCUACCCUCGUCUGCCCUGCUUGUGACAAGGUCAGCAUUAUCUUCGACCCAUUCAACAACCUCACCCUUCAGCUUCCGAUUGAAAAUCUCUGGGGCAAGGAGAUCUUCUACUUCCCUCUGAACAAGAAACCGGUUAUUGUGGAUGUGGAGAUCGACAAGCACGCCAGCAUCAAGUCUCUCAAGGAGUUGGUCGCCAAGAAGAUGGGCUCCGACCCUCAACGCCUGGUCAUGUCUGAGAUCUAUAAGAACAAGUUCUACAAGAUGUUUGACAAUGCAAACUCUAUCGCCGAAUGUCAGAUCAGCAAUAACGACGAUAUUGCCAUUUAUGAGGUGGAGUCUGUUCCGACCAACUACAACCCAGACAAGCCCCAGAAGAGUUACUUCUCUUUCAACCGGUCAGAACAUGAGGAGAUUCCGAAGCUCGAUUCCCCCAGGGCGGAUCGACUGCUUGUGCCUAUUUUCAACCGUUAUGAGAAGCCAAGGUCGAAUAACCCGAAAAACACCCUGCGGCCCCUCUUUGGUGUGCCUUCCUAUGUGGUCAUCAACAGGGAGGAGCUUGGUGACUACGAUGCUAUCUUCCGGAAAGUUCUCGCGCAAGUGGCUUCCAUGACAACGCGCGAUUUCCUGAACGAGGUCAACGACACGGAGUCCAAUCAGGAAGACUCCGACACUGUUGUCAUGAACGAUGAUGACGCAGAAUCGGCUGAUUCGAAGAUCAAGACGUCUUCAGUCGAUGGGGAAGAUGGGAUUGUUGAUGUUUCGAUGCGCGACGCAGAAGACACUCAAGAGGAUGCUCCAGCUCGCUGUGAGGGUGGCAUCCCUUCGAACCUUCGUAGCCUGUUUGAAAUGAAGAUCAUCAAAUCGAACGAGGUUGUCCCUCUCGGCUUUUCCUCGGUCGAUGACCACAAGGAGUACCCCCGGAUGUCUUUCAGAAUCAAGACAAAGCCCGCUCCGAGGAAGCAGGAGACGGAUGCUGCUUUGGAAACGGCCACUGAGAAAUCCGAUGAGGAAAGCUCGGGUAAACAAAGCCCAGACAGCGCUGCGGACGACUCUGACGUCUUUACCGAUGUCAAACGCCCUGCGCCUGAACCUGUUAAGCCAGCCCCUCCCAUGAUCCGACCGGGCGAAGGCAUCGUGGUAGACUGGACGGAGGAUGCCUACGAUGCUCUGUUUUCUGGCCACACAGAAAGAGACUCUCUCCGCGGUAGCCCGACCUGGACCAACGUUGAGAGGCACCCGGAUCCGGAGCUGUCCAAGAAGCGCGCGCUCCGGCAGACCCGCAAGAAGAGAGGCGUCACUCUGUACGAGUGCUUGGAUGAGUUUAACAAGGAAGAGAUUCUUUCCGAGAAUGACGCCUGGUACUGUCCUCGCUGUAAGGAGCAUCGCCGGGCUAGCAAGAAGUUCGAGCUCUGGAAGACGCCUGACAUCUUGGUCAUGCAUCUCAAGAGAUUCAGUGCCAGUCGCGGUUUCCGAGAUAAGCUUGAUGUUCUGGUCGACUUCCCCGUGGAAGGUCUCGAUAUGAGCGGCCGGGUAGAGGCCCCGGAGGAAGGCAAGAGCCUUAUCUACGAUCUCUUUGCUGUAGACAACCACUAUGGUGGGCUCGGAGGAGGUCACUACACGGCGUACGCCAAGAACUUCAUGACCGGUCAAUGGAACGAAUACAAUGAUUCUUCUGUGUCGCGACCCCUCGACCCCCAGAGUGUGGUCACCCCAUCGGCUUACCUCUUGUUCUACCGCCGUCGUUCCGAUCGUCCCUUGGGUGGCAAGGUUCUUGAGGAGGUCACCGAGGCAUCGACGCGUCCAGGAAGCGACGCAGACUCCCAGAGCGAGUCGCGCGGGCAGUCUCCGUCGGGGGAAGGUCGGCGUCUCGGCGGCUCCUCCCGCAAUGGGUCGUCGAGCGCAUUAGCCGGAGUCGGAGCAGCUCACCAAUCGGGAGGUGGUGGUUUGCGAACUGGAACGCAAGCGAAGAGCGGGGAUGAAGCCUCGCCGCCGGAAUAUUCCAACAGCCUCUCGUACGGCGAGCAGACCAUGGGCCAAGCCAAUCGACUGUCAGGUAUGGAUUUUGAAGACGAGGAGUUCGGACACGGACCGCAACCUAGCCCGUUCCGCCACGUGGAUCCGCCCUCGUGGUCGUUCAGUCAAAUCUCGGAUGCUCACGGCCCUUCACAGAUGACCGCAGCGCAACGGGGAUCGAUCUCUGAUGAUGAUUUGCUCGACGACGAUGACAGUAACAAGGCCGUUGGGGGCGGUGACGUCAGCGACACCGACCUCCGGAUGGCGGCUCUCACUGACAGUCCCGGAGGGGGGUUGGGCUUCCCUGGCACGCCCAUGGAGGAGACGUCCUUCCAGGAGCUGCACCCAUUCGGUGGUGAUGGAGACGACGACGACGAUGACGAUCUGCCGGUGGUGGAAUUGCAAGUGAACGACGAAGACCGAGUUCUGCCCUAAUCUCAUGGCGAGAUGAUUUUCUUUGUCAUUUUUUUUUGGAAACGUGAAACGAAUGAUACACGGUGUUCUCUAUACAGCGCCAGGGUCGGGUGAUUGUUAAUUUUGGGCCCUUGUGGGGAUUUAUAUGAUAUCAUGGUACGACGUGGAUGAUUUCUUAUGGUUGCAUUCGACUCCUGAUGGACUGGAUCGGGCCCACCGAGAAGGGAUCAUGGCUUCGUCAGGUCUGGCAAGGAUGGGGGUGGCGAAGGUAUGGGGACUGCAUUGCAUUUACGGGGAUGGAUGGCUGAGAGGCGUCCCUGCAUUAUAUUUGUGGAAUGUUUGGGGCAACUGCGGAUGGUUGCCUGACUAAAAGCUUGUUCGUGAAUGGAGAGUGAUGGUCGAGCAGCAGUUGCUGCAUCUAGUUGC